GCCUUGGCUGGGCUUUUGUAUCAGCAGCACUUACAGAGUUUAAGCAUGCCUUUAUUGAGGCAGUGUUUUGUCCUUUUAGUAACUGCAGUGUCAGUGCUGGCUUCUGAAGACAUUCAUGUAGAGUGUAAAAGCAAAUCUGUGACGGUCACAUGGAAAGUCAGUGAAGAAAUGGCUACAAACCCUUCCCGCCUUUUCCUGGGGAACUGUCUUCCUACAGAGUUCACGCCUGCAGCUCUUGGACGGGGAGUAGCGGUGUUUGAGAGUCAACUGUCUGAAUGCCGCUUCAAAGAAAGGAGGACACAAAAGAAGCUAAUAUAUGAAAACGACCUGACUUUCCGGCCCUUACCAAAGCCGAAUCCUGCAUCCUUCACCUACAGUGUUGUGUGUUCUUAUCAGAGGCCUGAAUGGUUGCAUACCUUUUUGAAGCCGUCUCGUAUUCUGGAAGGUCAGGGAAGGUUGAUCUUCCACAUGGGUCUUCUGAACGAUGACCUGAGUGGCCCGGCAGUCUCCAACAUUGUUUCUCUGGGCUCCUUUAUUAACAUUUGGGCUGCAGUGGAGCAGCAGGCCCAUCAGCCUCUAAUCCUGUAUCUGGAAGAGUGUGUGGCCUCUACAACCCAAACCAUGAGCCCAGAGUCACUCAUCUACCCAAUCAUCUCUAACAAAGGGUGCCUUGUGGAUGGUAAGUUUGGAUCCUCCAGGUUUUUGCCAAGAUAUCAUUCCUCUUCAGUUUUUCUUCGGUUACAAGCUUUCACUUUCGUACAGGAACAGGAGGUGUACAUCCACUGCAAACUAGUGGUCUGGGAUCCUAAAAACCCAAAUGAAGGAAAGAAGGCUUGCAAUUACAAUAAAGAACGCAAACUGUGGGAGCUUUUGGAUGACCCUUCAAGGAGUGAUCUGUGUAGCUGCUGUGAUUAUGAAUGUGGUGUGCGGAUGAAGCGGGAUGUAGACUCUGAAUUCCAUGGACUAGCUCAGAGUGUUGUGCUGGGGCCGCUCAUUAUAACAGCCAACUCAACGAGGAAUGACCAGGUCGUUUUAGGACCAGCGUUAUCCUGAAGGUGUGAUGCUGCAGCCGCUGGUUGAGGAGCCUGUGUUUGUAAGCAUGUGGAUGUUUACUCCCUAAUGGAUCCAUCUCUACACAAACUGAUGUAGGGAAUUGAGUAAAGAGGAUAAAAGGAGCUUUUUUGAUAAAAGCUCUGCUAUAGACCAUCAUUGGCCAUGUCUUGAAACAUGAAUGUAAAUAAACUGGUUACAAAAACGUGUGGGCGGUUGCAAAAGUCUUGACUUGUGUGUGCAUUAGUUGUUAAAGCAGGAAAAGUACUGAAAUGUGCAGGGCAGUGGGGGCUUGACGAUGGUUAAACACUUGAUUAAGACACUUUGGGUAUCGGAAUAUGGUAUUUUAUGGUUUAAAAUGGCAUGCUUGGUUGGAUGAGUGCGUAAAAUGGACUGUAUCUGUAAAAGCAUUAUCUUUACAUUGCUGGUUAGUGGGGUGGUCAUUAGAAAUGUCCCAUCAAUUUUGCCAUGUCCCACAGAAGCUGAUGAAUGCACUACACUGAAAUGUGGGGUACGUGUAGGGUUUCCUGCACCAAACGUGUUUGUCACAGGUCUGUUUGACCCCUGCUGUUUUGAUUGGUCAAUAAAUUACCUAAAAUUG